AUGGAGAACGGCUCGGCCAGCGGCAACCAGAGCCUGGGCAGGAUGCCCCGGCAGCCCCUGGAGCUGCAGGUGGUCACCAUCCUGCUGGUGCUGCUCAUCUGCGGCGUGGGCAUCGCGGGCAACGCCAUGGUGGUGCUGGUGGUGCUGCGCACCAAGCACAUGGUGACCCCCACCAACUGCUACCUGGUGAGCCUGGCCGUGGCCGACCUCAUCGUGCUGCUGGCGGCCGGGCUGCCCAACAUCUCCGAAGUGGUGGCUUCUUGGGUGUACGGCUACGCCGGCUGCCUCUGCAUCACCUACCUGCAGUACCUGGGCAUCAACAUCUCCGCCUGGUCCAUCGCCGCCUUCACGGUGGAGCGGUACAUCGCCAUCUGCCACGCCAUCAAGGCGCAGCUCCUGUGCACCGUGUCCCGCGCCAGGCGCAUCAUCGCCUCGCUGUGGCUCUUCACCUCCCUCUAUUGCCUCAUGUGGUUCUUCCUGGUGGACACCACCCAGGUCACCUUCUCGGAUGGGGCGCAGGUCAUCUGUGGCUACCGGGUCUCCAGAAGCCUUUACAUGCCCAUUUACUUCUUGGAUUUUGCUGUCUUCUAUGUCAUCCCGCUGGGGCUGGCGACUGUCCUCUACGGCCUCAUUGCCCGCAUCCUGUUCGUGAGCCCCGUGCCCGGCACCCCGCAGCAUUCCUUCCUGGGCUCCCUGCACCGGGCCAGCUCCCUCAGGCUCUCCUGCCGGGGCAGCCGGGGCGCCCUGAGCUCCCGCAAGCAGGUGACCAAGAUGCUGGCGGUGGUGGUGGCCCUGUUCGCCGUGCUGUGGCUGCCGUACCGCACGCUGGUGGUGGUCAACUCCUUCGUGGACCCUCCGUACCUGAACACCUGGUUCCUCCUCUUCUGCCGCCUGUGCAUCUACCUGAACAGCGCCAUCAACCCCAUCAUCUACAACCUCAUGUCACAGAAGUUCAGGGCUGCCUUCAGGAAGCUGUACAAGUGCCAGGAGAAGAGCGCUGGGCAGCCUGCCCCAGCCACCACCCCGGUGUACUACAGCGCGGUGAAGGACUGCUCCCACGACAGCUCUGACCACAACCUCACCGAGCACGAGGAUCUCAGCAGGCUCCCUGCACCUGCAAAGAAUAAACAAAUCCUCUGAGCCUGAAACAAUGCAGGCACUGGGAGCUGUGUGGCUGUACACACUGUGCUGGGAGAGUGCCAAGAGGAAUUGCUCUGGCAUUGCAGCAAGCUUCAUUCAAUACUUCUUCAGGGCAUUUAACAAAGCAUAUUGUUAUAGGCAAAUUAAUUUGCUUUUCUUUAGUGCUGAUUUAUUCUUGUUUGGUGAAGCGUUAGGCACGUGUCAAUCUUUAGCAUCUCUGAAGCAUCUGUUGUUAAAUAUAGCAGUGCCACCCCAUUUUGUGCUACAUGCAGGUGCUGAGCUGGGCCAAAGCAUUGAAAGAAAUCCCAGGAACAGAAGGGCAUUUAAGGGAAAAAUACACCUCUUUUAGAGUGAGUCUCUUCUACCCAAAUUGACAUGCCUGUAACACAGACACCCCAUGGAAGCUGCUCCUCUGGAGUCCUUCUGAAGUUAAUGGGAACAAUUAGGCACUUUCAUGUGUCUCCUCUCAUCUCAACACUCUCCUGUGAGGAAUGCACAUCCCUACAGAGGAGAUAAAUACCUCCAAGAUAUGAGGCCAUUGGCUGUGAAGGGACUCUGGGACUCUCAGGGGGAGACUACUGCAUUAGGAAUAAACAAAGUUGGGUGUCAUGAGCCUCGUGUGAUGUUUCUGGAAACACUGCAGUGCUGAUAGCACAGAAACCCAAGGUUCAGACCAGAUGGAUUUGCUACAAUGAACGAACUAAUAAUGAACAAACUAAUAAUGAGUGUUCCCUAACAUAACAGAAGUACUUCCAAUGUUGUGGUCUGAGUUUCCUUUGGAUAACUAUACCUUUCCUGUCCAAAUUCCUCUGGCUGUUUCAGCUGGAAACUGUUCUCUUCUCCUGCAAGCCCCAGUGUGGUGCAGUCAUUACCACAGAGCAGUGUUCUCUCUGCCCCAGGCACAGGUGCUUUUCAGCAGGUGAAGAGAUUAUCUUAUUUCCUGGGAAUAACUUGUGAAGUCCAUUAAGUGUUUUGUGAUUAGUGACACAAAUACUUACUGCUGCUGUUGUCUUGUAAGCAAAGUAGAUAUUCGUACCCUGCAGCAUCCUGUCCAAGGACACUUGCCCCAGACUUGCAAGAGACUAUCUGGACUCUGAGUAAAAUCAAAAAGAUUACACAUAAGCCAAACCCUAGGGCUCUUGCCAAAUAAAAUGCCUGCCACCAGUAAACCUCAAGUGACUGUGAGUACUACUUUAACAGCCAAUGCAGCCUCACUAGUCAACAGUGACUUUCACCAAACUAUAGUGUUAAAAGACCCUAAAAUUUUGCAUUCACUUGGGAAAUACGUAUAUGAUAUUUUCAAGGGCACAAGAUGUUAAUUAACCAUUCUGCAUCUACAGGAAAUUGCUUCACUGGGUGAGUCAGGACAAGACCUCAAGUCUCCUCAGUGUGUCGGAACUGUCCAGGACCUGUUUUGUUCUGUGUGGGGAGGUUUUGCAUGUGUGAUUAUUAUACUGCAUGUUAUUAAACC